AUGCGGCUGCGGGGUCAACAACAGUUCCUCUUUUCCCCUGCUGUGGGCGGGCAAUGCUCGGCUGCGCUUCGCUGCGUACAUGUAACAUUCUCUCCGAAGGUUCCAUUAGUCACAUCGCCUCUUUCCACGGCGGCGCGUUUCUUUGCGCGGGUCUCGCCCAUUCAAGGAACAAUUGACUCCCCCAAUGACGGUUUUGUGACGAAGGAUGUUAAAAUUGACAUCAAUCCCAACAUUGGUGGUGCCUAUGCACGAGGCGUAUUUGCUCGCCGUGAAAUUGGGUAUGGUCGCGAAAUUAUGAAUAUCCCCGCAUUUGUCAUGUACAUUUCCGACAGCAGCAAUCAGUCCCUUCGAGAUCAAGUACUUGUCGUUACUAAACAGAUUUUUUCCAAGCUUGUGCUGGGGACGCCGGAGGAGCAGCAUUACAUUAAGCACCGAGUAGCAACACUCAUGUCGGGGGGUUAUUCAUAUUUUACACGUGAGAGGGAUGUGUUUGAAUUCGCUGAAGAGGUUCGUGUGCCUGGGCCUGAGGGCGUGUUGAAAAAUGGAGCGAGUUACCUUCUCAGUGGUGAAUUCUCCUCUUAUGAUUUACAGAAGUUACCUCUGAUAGUUGAGUUCAAUAGGUACGAUGUGGAGUACAGAGGGCGUCGUGGCAUUUGUCUGUUCCCAGAGGCACAGUAUUUCAAUCAUCAGUGUCAACCCAAUGUGGAGGUCACCAUCACGUAUAAUAACCUAAAGUCUAACUUUUACUUGAGCGCCCGUACAAUUAGACCAGUACGUGAAGGUGAGGAACUUUUUAUCGACUAUAUGCCGGGUAAUACAAUGCCACUCUCGCGGUUGGCGUUAGCUAUGAAAAAGCGGUGGGGUUUUGAGUGCACUUGCGUUAGAUGCAAGAGUCGGGGGAUCGGCGCUGUGAUGUUUCUUUUCGUUGUAGUACUGAUACCAAUGGUGGCGUACCUCCGCUCUGUCAAUGUGCGUCGCGUGCAGAACAAGCAGCGUGGCGUAUGA